AGUAAUGACAGCAGAAGCUCACUUUAAUAUAUUUCUGCUUAUAACCAAAACAAAGAGGAAAUUCUGCGAAAGUCAUUGUUUAUAGUACAUAAAAGUGCGAGCGCGGAAGAAGGACGCGAAUGCGGGGCGCGCGAAAACCGCGGCCAAAACGCGGGUUAUUUGGAGUUUCCGUUUACGCGCAAAUGCCGCGGUGACACAGCUUACGUAUGUGUGCGGGACGACAUCGUAAUUUGGCCAACGUAAAAUGUCAGGAUCAAUAGAUCACUUCGGUUUCGCUGCGUUUCUUGAGCCUAGAACGCACGAUGAAGAUUUAGGUGGCCACAACCAUUGUCACAACGCAAGUAAUAAUGAGGACGAGACUUUCGGACGCUUGGUGCGACGUCUCAACAACAUCGUGUGCCGAUCGGAAGUGCACUCCACGGAAAAGGUGGAGGCGCGGUUUGAUCCAGCAGAGGAGAUCCACGAGUACAAAGACUUGAUGGAUCUGCUUACAGGAGACCCCACGCUGAUGCCUGCAGACAGCAACAUUCUGUCUCUGGGCUGUGCUGUAUUGCACAAUGCUUCAAAAUGCACUAGCCUGGGCCUACCUGUUCUUUUAUCACAUCACAGAGUACUGCUUGAAAAAGUGCGCGGCAUGCGGUCGGGUCCGGGCUGGCUGGCGGCCGAUCUGGGCCGGGUUCGCUGUUCACUGGCACAGCGGAUGCUGGCCGAAGGGGACCCGCGCGGCUGUCGGCGUAUGCUGGCACCCCUGAUGCGCUGGCUGCACCGCCCGGGAAACCGGGCUUUCGACUGGGCCGGUGGUCGGCUCCGGUGGCUGCGCGCGGGCGACCAUGCCUCGUUGCGCUCGCUAUCCUACCUGCUGGCGGCGCAGGCCGACUACGCGAUCAAGGGAACCUGCUGCCCCGCGCUACUCGACCAGGUGCGCUGCCCAGCGCUCGGCCCGAGGCUCGCGCACUUCCGAGCGUUGGCCGGUGCCGACGAGAGGCAGCUGUGGGUCGCCCUGCAACGCUGGCCGAGUGAAGCCGCGCUGUGGACUCUGGCAGGCUGCCGGUUGGCUGCCGAGGGACGCUGGCGCUCGGCAUUGCAGCUGUUGAUGCGCGCCGUGCGACUCGAAGAGUCCGCCGAAGCAUCGCGCGCAGGACAGAGCGAAGAGCGGGGCCUGGCCCUCUGGAACCUGGCAGCCUGCCUGGGCGCCCUGGGACUGCGGGAGGCCCAGGGCCGCGCUCUGAGCCGUCUGGCCUCCCGCUGCGACGGCCCCGGCAAGGACUCCCAGCUGGCGUUGGCUGCGGCCAGGGCUUUGGACAGGCUCGGCAUGCACGCGGAAGCGGCCAGGGCCUACGGCCUCCUGGUACAGGCCGGUCGGCAGCAGCGAGCGCUGCGUGUGGACUGGGCUCUGAGUCUGCUGCGCGCGGGACGGCCUCGAGCUUCGCUCCAAGCGUGCGGCGGAGCCAGGGGAGGCAAGGGCGGUGCGCCCCCCGAGGAAGAGAGCGACCCCCGUCUCGCCUUUUGCAGGGGAUCGGCAAUGGCGGCGCUAGGGGACAGCGAGCCCGCGCUCCAGGAGUUCCGAAAGGGCCUUGUUCUGGCUGCUGCAGCUGGUGAGGAGGGUGGCGGUGGCGACUGGCUGCGCUCGCAGCUGCUGGUGAACAUCGCGGUGCUCCAGGCGCCCCAGGAAGAGGAAGCCUCACGGAGGCAGCUGGCGCGUGCUCUGGCAGUCUGUCCCGAUAACGUCGACGCGGCGUACAACUUGAGCCUCCUGCUGCUCGCCGCUGGAAAGACUGAGGCUGCCCGUAGGAUAUGGCGUCAGCACGGCUUGCGGGAAGAAGGCGUCACUAUCAGCAGCAGCGUGGGAACUCCGCAGGCUGCAUGGCUCGAGGCCCGACUUUCUCAAUGAAAAUGAAGAAACUGCAGUGCCGGUGCUAUACGAAAGUCAACGGAGCUCGGUGAUGUCAUGAUGCCUGGUGUUGCCACGUGCCAGACACUUGUCAGUGGUACUGAGGUGGUCGGACGUACCGCUUCAGCUCCGUUGUGGAACUGGUCGUCGUAUUCGGCGACUGCACGCGAUGUUUUUCACUGAACACAUUACUGUUGUGGGGAAUAAACUAACUUGUUUGUCC